GGAAAGAAAAGUGACGGGAGCCGUGGAAUGGUCGGGGAGCAGCCGCUGGGUUCCUUUCUGGGACCUGGGGUGUAGGGGUGCCGUGCUCCCCUGCUCCGCUCCUCCCAGAAACGGCCGCGGCACAAGUUCCCCUCCCCGCACCUUUGCACCCCGCGCCGGGGCCCCCCACCCUCCUUCGCUGCGGGGAGUUGCGUCUCUCGUGCCGAGCGCUCCCCCCACCUUCCUCUUCCCCUCCCGGGCGCUGCGGGCCGACCCAGAGCCCCUGCUCUUGACCGCGCUCCCAGCGCUCCCGUGACUUCUCCGGCCCCCAGGUUCCCGGUCCGGCGCUGUCUGGAGGAGCCCGGGGCCCCGGGCGAGGCCCGUGACCCCCCAAUUCUUGUGGCGCGUAGCUGCUGGCUUCCCACCGGCCAGUGGCCAAGGUCCGCCCGACCCCGGGGGCUCCGAGCCGGACCAGGGUGCGAGGACGGCGUAAGUAGCGGCUGCUGCGGCGGCGGCGGCGGGACCGCUUUGGUGCGGGACAGCGGCUGCGGCCAGUGAAAGGCCUCAAGUAUUAUCACUUAAACUGAUAUGGAUGUCUGCUGACCAGAAGUUAGAAAGCUACAGAUUAACAUCAGAUGGUGACUUCAUCUUCCAAUUUCUGUCCCUGUGUCUGAGGGAGAUAGCCUGGGUGCUUUGGAAAUGAACGGAGAACAGCAGCUUGACACAGAUGCUGGGUCUGGUGUGGAAGAAGUGGAAUUUAACUGGGAUGACUAUCUAGAAGAUACAGGAUCCAUAGCAGCUCCCCAUGGGUCUUUUAAGCAUGUGGACACAAGUCUGCAGAAUGGAUUUGCCCCUGGCAUGAAACUAGAGGUUGCUGUAAAAUCUGACCAUGAAACUUAUUGGGUUGCUACCAUCAUCACCACAUGUGGGCAGUUACUCUUGUUGCGUUAUGAUGGCUAUGGAGAGGACCGAAAAGCAGAUUUCUGGUGUGAUAUCAGGACAGCUGAUUUACACCCCAUUGGCUGGUGUGAGCAGAAUAAGAAGAUUCUCAAAGCACCUGAAGGUAUCAAGGACAAGAUUUCUGACUGCAAUGAGUUCCUACGAGAGACUCUGAAGGGAGCAUAUAGUGCUCCUUCUAACCUGCUAGAGGGCCUUCAUAAAGGAAAGAAUCCUUUGGAUCUCAUUGCACCAGGCUCCAGACUGGAAUGUCAGAAUUCCCAGGAUUCUUUAAGCACUUGGAUUGUUAAUGUAGCAGAUAAUAUUGGGGGAAGAUUGAAGUUGCACUAUGAAGGUCUGGAGAAUCCUGACCAGUUUGAACAGUGGCUGUUUUACCUGGAUCCAUUCCUUCAUCAAGUUGGUUGGGCAUCUCAACAGGGAUAUGAGCUUCAGCCUCCAACAGCCAUCAGACAUUUCAAAAAUGAGGCAGAAUGGCAGGAGAUCUUAACCAAAAUUAAAGAGGAAGAAGAAGAAUCGUUGAUACCAUCUGACUUAUUUAAGGAUAAACCAGUGAUUGGUCAUCACACAUUCUCUGUAAGCAUGAAAUUGGAAGCACUAGACCCUUUGGCUCCAUUUGCAAUUUCUCCUGCUACAAUUGUGAAGGUGUUCAAUGAGAAAUAUUUUUUGGUGGAAAUUGAUGAUUUGCGACCAGAGAAUCCUACAAGACGAUCCUUUGUUUGUCAUGUUAAUAGUCCUGGCAUAUUCCCAGUACACUGGAGUUUAAAGAAUGGUUUACAUCUCAGCCCCCCUCCUGGCUACCCGAAUCAGGAUUUUGAUUGGGCAGACUACCUCAAACAGUGUGGUGCUGAAGCUGCUCCACAAAGUUGCUUUCCUUUGCCAAUUUCAGACCAUGGCUUUAAGGAGAACAUGAAGCUUGAGGCAGUGAAUCCUACUGACCCUGAAGAAGUAUGUGUUGCCACUGUUACUGCAGUGAAAGGUUCAUAUCUGUGGCUCCAGUUAGAGGGCUCUAAAAAGCCAGUACCUGAAUGCAUUGUAAGUGUGGAAUCCAUGAAUAUCUUCCCUGUAAGUUGGUGUGAAACCAAUGGAUACCAGCUCCAAUCUCCUCGUCGAGCAGUAGUGAAUAAACAGAAGAAAGUUGCAGUAGUUCAACCAGAAAAACAAAUCGUACCUUCCAGGAUGGUCCAUGAAAGUCUGAAGAACCAGGAGCCUACUACUCCUGACUCAGUCACAAUUAAUGGAAAAUACUGCUGUCCAAAGAUCUACUUCAACCAUCGUUGCUUCUCAGGGCCUUAUCUCAACAAAGGAAGAAUUGCUGAACUGCCUCAGUGUGUAGGACCAGGAAACUGUGUUCUGGUUCUUAAAGAGGUUCUCACUUUGCUGAUCAAUGCAGCCUACAAACCAAGUCGUGUUCUUCGGGAGCUUCAGCUAGAUGAGGAUUCUGUGUGGCAUGGACAUGGGGAAACUCUAAAAGCCAAAUACAAAGGAAAAAGCUAUCGUGCUACAGUUGAGAUAGUGAGAACAGCUGAUCGGGUGACCGAUUUCUGCCGGAAAACCUGCAUAAAAUUGGAAUGCUGUCCUAAUCUCUUUGGUCCUCAGAUGGUUCUGGACAAGUGUUCUGAGAACUGCUCUGUAUUGACAAAGACCAAAUACACACACUAUUAUGGAAAGAAGAAAAAUAAAAGAAUUGGGCGGCCACCUGGUGGGCACAGUAACUUAGAGUGUGUCAUGAAGAAAACAAACAAAAGACGGAAGAGGAGGAAGAACUUCUUUGUGCAUAAGAAGAAGCGCUCCUCGGCUUCUGUUGAUAACACCCCGGCAGGCUCUCCCCAGGGCAGUGGGUGUGAAGAUGAUGAUGAUCAGGAUGAAGUAGAUGAAGAAUCUCUAAGUGAAGAUAGUGCCUCUGAACAGCAAGAUGAACUGCAGGAAGAAUCAGAAGUGUCAGAAAAGAAAUCAUGCUCUUCCUCUCCUACCCAAAGUGAAUUGUCUCAUUCAUUGGCUCAGGAUCGAGACAAGAGAAAAAGAAAACUUCGCACUUUUUCUUUCUCUGAUGAUGAGAAUAAACCUCCUUCACCAAAGGAAAUAAAGAUUGAAGUUGCUGAAAAACUGCAGCUGGACAGUAACCCACUGGAGUGGAGUGUGGCUGACGUUGUGCGGUUCAUCAAAUCUACAGACUGUGCUCCAUUAGCAAGAAUAUUCCUGGAUCAGGAAAUUGAUGGACAGGCCCUACUACUCCUUACCCUUCCCACUGUUCAAGAGUGCAUGGACUUGAAGUUGGGCCCUGCUAUCAAGCUUUGCCAUCACAUAGAGAGGAUCAAGUUUGCCUUUUAUCAGCAGUUUGCUAACUGAGAAGGAUGGCCAAGGUGAACUGGACCUUUGAAGCACAAAUACAGUGAGCCAUUGGUCCCUCUCUGAAAUGGCACGCUGACUUUGGUGACCUCCAGAUGUCUGCUUGCUGUGAUUUUGCACUUUCAGGGAAGGAAGACCACACACAUGAAGUAAAACAAUGCACACUAAGUGUCUACCCUGCCAAUGGAAUUGUGGUAGUCCUUUGUUCAUCAGAUUACAAUUUUUUUAAAAUAAAAGAUUGUGGGAAAAGAAAAAGAGACUCCUGUGAGGAGAAUAAGUGUUUCACAAAUUCAGGUGGUGUGGACUAAGGACUAAGAGUAAUAUCCUAGGCUGCUGGAAAAUACUUUUUCUCUUGCUUCUUUUCUUUUUGUUCCUUCCCAUGGUAGGUUGACAUGUUCCUUGCUUCCUUUUCUUGGGAAAAGAGAACAUGGCUUUAACUUGGCACUGAUAUAAGGCUAUGCCUUAAGGAAGACCAGUGCUCCAUUUUCAAUGUUCUUUUUAAGCUUUUUAAAAUUAAAAGCAGCUCAUUGGGGAAUGUUUUGUGGAACCAGGGCUUUAUAUAUGUAUAGUUCUGUUUUAGCCCAUUUAAAAAGCUUUUCCUGAUGUUUUUUUUUGUUACUAACUCUGUUGACAAUUGUAGUUAACAGUUCUGGGUGGGAUAUUUUUCCUGUGAUGCUUGUUUUGCUGUCAUCAUAACAAAAAGAAAUUAUGUAAGAUGAAGUUGAAGAAAGACACUUAAAAGAUUAUAGUGAAAAAAGUUGUGAGAGCUUAUAACAGUUCCUGAAACUGACCUAAAUCCAGAAUUAUCAUGUCAUACUUCAACAGAGAUCAUUUCCAUCAUUGACACUGGACAGCUAGUUAAGUGGCAUAUCAAAGAUUUCUUAGUAAUUUAAUUAAAUAGAUUUCUCUUGAACUUCUCAAGAGGAUUUUAUUUUUCUUUUCUCCUCCAGUGGCUACCCCAUUCUGUCCUAUCUCAAGGUUCCUUUCUUCAUCUAGCUAAUAUUAAUUGGCCAAAUAGGCAAGCCUUCCUUCACUUCAUUUCCAGCCCUACCAAGAAGUUAGUACUUCUUUUUAAACCAAGUAGUUAUAACAUUCGUUUUUUCAGGAACCUAAAGCACAAGUUGAAAAUCAACAUUCUGUGGAGCUGGCUUAAAAAUCCAAAAAGAAUUUGAGAGGUCAGAGAAUUGUUUGACCUCUGCACAUUUUAGAACUUCUCUGCUAUAACUGCAGAGGAUCUCAUCCACAUUUAGGUGAUCCCAAUAAAACAAAUCUGUAGCUCUUCUAAAAUCUGUACCAUCUCUUUUUAGUACUUAUGCCCCUGCUUUAAAUUAAAUUGAAAAUCCAAGUGAAUCUGUUUUCACAGUUUUUUGUUGUUGUUUGUUUUGUUUUUUUAUUUGCGGGGCAAUGGGGGUUAAGUUAAGUGACUUGCCCAGGGUCACACAGCUAGUAAGUGUCAAGUGUCUGAGGCCAGAUUUGAACUCAGGUCCUCCUGAAUCCAGGGCCGGUGCUUUAUCUACUAUGCCACCUAACUGCCCCCUGUUUUCACAGUUAUGUUGUUGGGAGGCUUCAGCAGUAUUGCCCAGCUAAGAUCUCUUGAUUCAAUUGCGGAUGGGGGAAAAAGAAACAUAUGCACACCUCCUGUGAAUUAUGAACUUUGAUGAAAAUUUUUCUGGAUCAUCCUGUCACCAACAUAUUCUAUUCAGACCAUCAUCUUCAUCAUAUUCUACUUUAGAUUUCCCCACUGCUACUAAAUAUAAUUGAUUAGGAAUUCUCAUUGUGGGUAUGAACAACAGAGCUGUAAGGUCUGGAUCCUCUGAACAUUAAUAGUCAGUAAAACUCUCUUAUGUUAGAAUCUCUAGCCAAAUGACAAUAAGCACCAGUUAUCACAGUGCAUUUUGAAGAGGUGUUCAAUAAGUAUGUUUAGUAAAUAAGGCAUCCAUUUAUUUUUCUCAACAUUUAAGAGCUUCUAGAUGGUUGUCUGUUACUUGGAUACUUUAGCAGGCCAGUUAUUUCAGCAGGGUAAGUACCCCUUUUGGUAAUGCAGGUCGCAAUUUCACCCAUGCCCUUGGAUCUUUUGGAAUUCUUGUCUGUGUCCUUCCCAAAAAUUUUCCACAGAGGGUCCAUUCGAAGUGCUAGGAACUUCCUCUGGUUCUCCUAAAACUGCACCUAUAUCAGUGGGGCUAUCAUUAUACCUUGUGCUGGACAUCAUCUCUCAAGGCAGACAUCUUUCUGAUGACAUCCUUUGUAGCACCUCUUUUGUGUAAUUUUUGGUUGGGAAUGCAGCUUAUUCAUCACUACCUUGAACCUCUUCAUUACCCUUUGGGUGACCCUCAACUUUAAUUCUUCAGGACUUGUGGAACUCCAUCACUAGGGCUCAUUCAGCAUCACCGGAAGCAUUCUGCUGGGCAAGGAAGGAUAAUAAGGUCCCUAAAAGCACUGAACAGUCUCCUAAAGACAAUUCAACUUGCUAUCUUCCUUUUUAAUUCUGGCCCCAGCUUGUUAUCUGUGCAUGAACAAUAUUUGUCCAAGAGAUGUGUGCUAAUGAUGAGACACCUCUACGGAUUGGUUCCAUUCAAGUGCAUAUUAUAUUCUAGAGAGCAGACAUUCUUCAUCCUCUUAGUUUUUCCAGGGAGGAUAAUUAACCAUAAAUGUGCUUCACUGGGACAGAUUUACAGGACCCUGGGUCACCUCCACAAACAAGGCGGCAAAGUGGCACUUUGUGGAAGUCUCUCAUAUUAAAAGGUUUGAAUAUAAGUAAAAUGUAGUAUAAUGAGUAGAGAGAAUUGGAUAUUUCAACCUAAGAAUUGGUCUGGUGAGGGAGUUGGAGGAAAUGUGUGGUAUUGGACAUUAACUACAGAGCUCACUUUUUGGUAUCUUGAUUAAUAAAAUUUUCUUCUGAUCCUCACCAGCCAGUAGCGGAACCAAUUCAUUCGAUAAUUUCUGGGAAAUUUAAGGACAAUUCCUCUCGUCUCCAAACAGUAUUGGAAUUCUGUAAUUGGGGUCCGUCCCCUCAUGUUUUUCCUGUCUUAACUAGGAAAAUUAAAUAUCCCUUACAUGUGGAAAUCCACUAAAUACAACAAUUGAAAUGUUACUUUCCUCAAAUUUCUUUUUACUUCUUUUAAAAAAAAAAAAAAUUUUUUUUAGUGAGGCAUUUGGGGUUAAGUGACUUGCCCAGGGUCACACAGCUAGUAAGUGUUAAGUGUCUGAGGCUGGAUUUGAACUCAGGUCCUCCCGACUCCUGGGCCGGUGCUCUAUCCACUGUGCCACCUAGCUGCCCCUCUUUUUACUUCUAAACCAUAUAAUUCUGGAGUUUAAAAAAGGGGACCUUAGGGAUAAAUCUAGUACAACUCUCCGACUUCAUGUCUGGGGAAAAUCAAAGCCCCUAGAAAGUGGUGGCUUUACAAAUUAAGCAAGCUGGUUGGUAAUAUCACCUUAAAGAGGGCCUGGGGUUUUUGACUUCUUGGGCUAAGGCUUCUUUCACUGUACUAUCCUUUCCUCCUCCUGCUCACUCCCACAAUAUUUUAACAUGCUCUCAAUACUUGUAAUAUACAAGCUAAGUAAAAUCUCAGGGCCAUUUUCUUGGAAGGAGAGCAUGACUUCAGACUGAAGCAUUCAUGCCUGGGAAUUUUCUACCAAACAUGUAUUGCAUUACUCCAUCAGUAAAUAGAAUUCCUUUAGCAAUUGUGUAAAAGAUGCCGUUAAACUCAAGAAAAAACAACUGGAAAUCCCAUGUGAAAGCAAUAGUUUGGGAAUGUUUGGUGUGUUGCUGUGUACUUUAAAAUAAUACAUUUCAUCGUUUGUAUUAGUGUAAGUAAUUAAAGUAGCAACCUCACCUCAUUUAGUUGGAAAGGGUAGAAGAUACAGUGAUGUGAGCUGGGAGGAUCUACUCAACUUGAAUACUUUGUAUCCCUUCUCUUCCCCAAUCAUACCAGUUUCACACUGGUGAUUCUUAUCAAAGUGUUUUCGAGGUGCUGUGUAGAGGAGUCACCCAGCGUCUUCUUUUGGUUCUUUUACUGUCUCAGGGUUACUAAUGUAAUUUGUAGGCUGUCCAUCUGUUGUGCUAGACAGCUGAUCCACCCCUCCUUUUGUGGCUACAUAUGACCUCUGAAAAAUGCUUUUGGGAUCCCCUCUUCUUAUGGGCAUGUCAUUAUUGUGAACAUGCAACAGUUUAUUUAUACCCAUAAUUCAUUUUUCCAUUGCCCCUUGGGUAACCUGCCAUUUAGAUUCAUUCAAGAUCAUGCUGUUGCAUUAUAUUUGCAGCUUGGCAGAAUACUGGUGUUAACUUGCAGCAGUGGCAAUUUGGGAUUGUUGAAAGUACUACAGGAUUUUCCAGAUUUGACUCAGCCUAAUCUCCAUUCCCAGUCCAGCCCAUCAUCCAUUUGUAGCACUUAUGCCAGGAUAUACAUGAAUCAACAUAAAUGAGUUGCACAUAUAGCUAUAUAUCACAGCCUGGGAAAUACAAAUUUUUCAUCUAUUUUAUUUUUAUAGUAUAUAAAAUUAGAACAAUCUCCUUUUCAUUGCUGUGAUCUGAGGAGGUGUUUUGUUUUUGGUUUUGUUUUUUAGUGUGUAGGGCUUGAUUCAUUUGAUACAAUGUUAUCCAAGAAUAGGAGCAUUUGGAAAACCUCACUGGCUAUGUUUGAAUUCCAUAAUUAUAUUAGAGAAUACUUUGGGUGUCCAUGAGAGUCCCUUUUUUUAUACCUUACUUGAUCAAUCAAAAAAGCAUUUAUUAAACACCUACUGUGUGCCAGGCAAUAUGUCAGACACUUGGGUUCCUUGAUUUCAGUUCUCAGCAAAUUGCUGAAGAAAGCUAUCUUUAACGUUGAUGUUAGUCUCCUGCAUUUCUAAUAGUUAGCCUCGUUAGAAGAGAACCUUCAAGGAUAUAGUUUGUUCUGCUGAGUCAAAUACUUUUUAAAAUAAACACUAGAUAUGAUUCUUUCUGUAGUAAGACCUAUGAAAGCCUGCUUGUUCCUUUUUCAUGUUUUCAUCAAGGAUACCUACCUUUGAUGAUUAUGCAGGCCAUUUUCCUGAAGAUGUUACAGAACUUAGAAAAUGGGCAUAUGGGUUAAUAGUAGUUGAAACCUCAGUCACACCAUCUGUGGUCUUUUAUAUUCUUUCAGAAUCUUUUCCUCUUUGAAAUAGCUUGAAAAUGGAUCCCAGAGUGCCUUGACAAUGACCACCUUGAGCACAGAUUUCUUCUAUAUGCAUUUUGUCAGGUCAGCCAUUCUUCCCAACUUCAUCUUGAGUGCUAUCACCACUUCUUUAUGUAAUACAUUGGGUAUUGAAAUGGCCAAGUAUAUGUGUGAUAGCUAAAUUCAUACAACUGAUUAAGGAAACCAGUUCGAUAAAGAUGUAGGCCAGCAUAUCCCAUUUUAUGUCUGUUGUCAUCCUCACAGUCCAGUUUUGUCUGCAGAUGUUCUCAGGAUGACCUAGCUUACCUUGGUCUCAUAAAAUAUUCUUGGCCAAAUCAUUUUUUACCCACAGUUGCUUUUGUGUUAUUUUCUAAAGUGAUAAUGCUCUUAAUCUUCCAUCAUCCUUUUCAGCAAAUAAGCUUAUACACUAAACCAUUUCAAUAGUGUCCUUGGCUACCAUUUUUCUACCCUUGGCAAGAAGAUUAAGUGUUGCUGAGGCAUUUUCUGGGGUCUUUUGACCUAUUCAUUCUAGUGACUGCUUUGCAUCAUUUAAAUUUCUCUUAAAAAAUCAUGACAGUGUUUUUUGUUGGUUUUUUUUUUGUCAGUCUAUUUCUCAUUUUUUUUUUAAAUAAGUAACUUGUUUCAACAGAUCAGGUUGCAAGGAGUAUCUUACAUUCAUUCAUAGACUUACUUUUAAUUUGAUCCUUACUUUCUUAGAUUUAGUUAAGGAAACAGAGACCCAGAGAAAAUUAAGAAACUUGCUCAUUUACUAGGGAUGAAGUGAUGGAGCGAGGACUUGAACACAGGCUUCUUUGCCACACACAUUCUCUUCACGCCACCAUUUUGCUCCUGUUAAAAGCUUCUAGCUCUUUUUUCCUUUGGCCUUUGCUCUUAAACAGCUGAGAUGGCUAUCAGAUCAGCAGUUAGUCUUUUCCAUAAUAAAAUUAUUAAAAUGUAGUCAUUUUCACUUUUCACAUUGUGGUUAAGUGCUUAUCAUACCCUGCACCUUCUGAGUGUCUUAGAGUCACCUAGCUUCUGAGGAGCCUGCAGUCCCUUAACUUCUUUGAUGUCUUGAUCUCAAACUAUAUUUGAUUUUUGCCCUCCUCCCCUAUACCUAUUUUCACAAUGAAGUCACCAAAUGUGGAGAUAUAUGUUGACUUAAUUUUGAAAAUUUUAUUAGGUUUUAUCAAAGAAUUUUUCUUAUCCAUCCUCUACAGUGUAAGAUACUGUAAAAGCUUUAGUUAUUUUCCUGGUCUAUUUGCUUACAUCCAUCACAAAGACUGCAAGGCAAGAUAACCAACUAUCCUUUGACACAAUGUUUGUUGUUGCCUUUGUGAAAACUGUGAAACCAGCUCUGCCAACUCCUUUAUUUAUCUUGCUGAGGAAAAUAUGCAAGUUGUCUUUCCAUGUAUUUAGCUGUAGCUUCUUUAUCUUCUUAUUUCAUUUAUAACAGAAAUGCCAGUAUGUACAUGGUUAGUAGUAUUCCAGCUUGUUGGUAAUUUGACAAGGAUGAGUACCAACUGUUAAAUUAAUGUUUGUAGACAGUCUGGAGCCAUGUGAUUCUUAGCAUCCCUUGCCACCUUUCCCACUAUCCACCCCCGUUUAGGAGAAAGUAACGAUCAAGUUUGAAUUUUCAAAAGGGAUGAUUUUUCUUGAUUGCAUAAAAUAUUUCUAUGCUAGAUAUAGACAUAUGUGCUCUUCAUUUCUUGGGGAAUUUUAUCUUUGGUUGCUGUAUUCAAAAAGAAUUCAUUAUAGAAUAGUUAAAUUUGCCUAGAUUUCAUUUCCAGGUGGUAUACUCUUGUUCACUCUAGCCCAACAGGGUAAGUCUUCCAUAACUGUGUGCUCAUCAUGCAUUGACAAUUUUGGAAAUAUAUUAAUGUGCUGUAGUUUUCCUCUAGGUCCCUGAAAAUUUAACAGGGUGAUUAAUAACUUGUUUCAGCUUGGACAUGGUUUUAGGUAAAUCAUUUAAAUUGCAUAUGCAGUGGGUUAUGGGGAAUUGUGAUUAGCGCUUUAGGCAGUUGAGCCGUCUAAUGAAAUCACCAUGGAACUCUAGUUUUCACAUUAUCCGUGCUUAUUUUGCAGUAUAGGUAACUCCAGCAUAUGUUCUGUAGUAUAUUCUGAGGACAGGGCACAUACUCACCAACCUUCUGGCAGAGACAUAAAUACUUAUUUAAUUAUUCCACAGGUAAGACUACUAAACCAGAUCUCAAACUUGGCUUUUUUGUGCCUCUUUUCCAGGAUUAAAAUUGAACUCGCUGUGAGAUAGGAGACGUUGGGCCAUAGCUUCUUCAGAACUUGAUUUAACUUAACUUUCUAUUUGGUACCAGUUCAGCAGGUGAUCUGGGAUCUGAAAUAGGCUCAGAAGGAUGGGAAUUGCUUCGUAGGGACCAGAUCUAAAAAGCAUGUCCCUAAAGCAAGGUUAAAAAAAAUUUCUGGGGGGUAUACAAAGAACAUCUGGGAGUUUUAAGAGCAUGUGGGUUGUGACAUAAAUGGGGGCACUGGGAUAAACUACUAGAGAGGCUUUUAUUUAUCUGGCAUAUUCACCAAAGACUUUUCUUAUGAUUAAGAUGUUGAGAGGUUUGAGUUAUUCCUUAUUCUCAUUAUUGUUUCGAGAGAAAAGCCAGGAGCUAAGUCCAUGGAAGAAGCCUAUUCAGGAUUUGAUCUCUAGGCAUGGGCUUGUAGGGAAUGUUUGUUGUUUAGUUUUAGUUUUUAAAAGUAAUUCAACACUUUUCUGUAUUAUCAGUAGGAGACUCAUUGGCCUUAUGAAGCUGAUGAGAAGGGGUUAUGAAUCAGUCUUGGUGGGAAUCAAGUGCCCCUUCUAUGAAGCUGAACUGGUUGGUCCUGGGUCAUUACAGCAUGUGGUGUGCUGCCUCAAAACCAUGGUAGAAAGUAAGCCUACCAUAAAGCCAAAAAAGAUCAGUCUUUUUCAUGCAAAUAUUACUUAUUCUUGACUUUUUUCACUGUUAAAAACACUUUACUGAUGAAUUUUUGUCGAUCUCACCCUUUGCAUGAGACUGUGAGUACUUUGGAAACUUGAAUUUCUCCAGAUAAGCCACAUGUAGACUUGCGUUUCCAGCUGAAGAGGUCUAAACUGUAUGCUCAAAGACAAGUCCAAUUGUAUCCUAUUCCAAGCCCACCUCUUUAGGUGCUCCCUUCAAAACUUUCCCCAAACCAUACAAAUAGCCUUGUUUUUGAAGGCAGCCUUAAGGGUAAAAGAGUUGAGGGUGGGUGUUGGAUGCACUGAAGAUUAUAAGGUUCUUUAUUGCAAUGUUUGAAGAAUCUUCUAUUUUUACAACCAGCAAAACCAGGAAUUGAAGUGGGAGAAUGGAAAAGUAGGCCUUCAAUUCCCCUCCCUUAUUCCUUUUCUGGUUUAAGACACAUGGUUCAGUCUGUCCCAGUGCUAUGACCUAUUGCAAAGGACUGCUAUUCGAAAGGAAAUAAGCCAGAGCCUUGCCAGAUGGGUCUCCGACACCAGCAGUGAGGCGCUGACCCCGAAGCCUCCAUAGGAGGUAAGGGGUCUCACUCCAACCAACUUUGGAGGCAAUAGGUGAAACUGGCAUAGCACAAUGCCCCCAUCUGAAAGAUGUUUUUGUACCAGGGUUAUAGUGUUUUCAUAUGACUACCAUGUGUUAAGUUCAACCUACUUGCCCUACAACCUUGGCAGAAUGAGAGUGGACAAGGCUAGGACACUUGAAUUGAAAGGGUGGUGGUUUGAAUUCUAGAACAACCUAAUAUAAGAAGCAGCUGACUUUGGUAGGCUAUGAUACUCAGGCAAAAACAAUAAGCUGGUUGUAUCAUCAGUUACUUAGUUCCACUUUGCAAGAAACCUUUAAGGAAGGUAUCUUGAGGUUUUGAGUUUUCCUCCCUCUUCUUUUUCCCCUUUCCUCCUUUUUAGUCUAAUAACUAUAUGUAGACAAUCAGAGGUCUGCCAAGGAGGGACUCUUGGCUGGUACCAGCACCAUGUUUAGGCCUCUUUCAUAUACUAACUCAUUGGAACUGAUGCACUUUGUUUCCUGUAUUUUGCCUUUUUUAUUAGCUGCUUGUUUGGAACAAAAUGAAAUGCAUACUGUGUUGUGACUUUCCUGCUUGCUGUUUUUUCCUUAAUUUCAAAAGUUAUGCAUCAAGGGUAAAAUACUACUUAAGGAGAAAUAUGCACAAACAAAUAUGCCUAUUGAAAAUAAUGUCCAUCAUGUUUGGUAGGUGUAGUGACUUCAAAGGAUUUUAAAAACUAUUUUAGAUGGGUAUUUUGCUUGUUUCCUUGUAAAUAAGAUUGUAAAUAAGUUUGUGGUAUGACAGUUUUAAGUGAUUGUAAAAAAAAUUAAAAAACAAACAAACUCUG